GCCCACCAUCUCGGGACUGAGUCACGUGUCUCACCGCCUAGUGUCUCUCUGCGAGCCGACACCAGCACAAAUCAAAACUCACCCAGCGCCCGAUGGAGAGAGAACGGAGGAUGAGAAACGGAGAGGUGCACACGCACCUACAACGCCAGUGGGCUAUAAUGGAGGACGUUCAAUAGCGAGUAUCCGCAGUGGUGAUCCGAAAUGUUCUCUCUGUUUCCCGCAGAGGAAUAUGACAAGGCAUGUGAGCCGGACGAGAGAUGAGACUCGCACUGUGUCGGAGACCCUGAUCUCAAACAGUCCGCCUGUGAGUCGUGGGACUUAAGGGGUGUACAGGACACGGGGCGCACAGCUCACAGCCGCUCCAGCUCAACUGUGGAGUGAAGAUUAUUUUUUUCUCUAUCUUGUUAAACCCCGACUGAGCACUGUGGGUCUCUGAGGGGAAGGAGGUCUAACCAUGAGGGCUGUUUCAGCAAACUUAUUGGCUCUGCUUUUCCUGGGCGCCCUUGCAAGUGUUUUCUACAUCUGGAGCGCACUGGAGACCCGUUUAGAGCGACACAAACGGAGGUUCUCGGUACCGGGUGGAGGGUCUUUUCACCAAGGUCUCCCUGUGGAUCUCUCUGCAAAAACUUUCCGGGUUUUGCUCGCUGUCCCACCGGCACAAAGACCGCACUUGGGGGGCAGACUUGAGGCUCACAACCUCACUGAUCAAACCGUCUCUGCAGGAAAUCGAGAUUACCAUGUGAAUGGGGAUAACAAGAGGUCAGCGCAACGGGGGGGCCCGGUCAAGUUAGGCUCCCCGGUGGAGGAUGGGAUAUUUUGGAGUGAAUGGCUGGAAGAUCUCCUCCCUGUUGGCUUCACGGAGGAUUAUGCUCGGACAUGGCGAGAGAGAGCGAGGACACGCCGGGUAGUGAAACUGGAGCCUGGAUGCGGCAGGAUAUCUAAUCAGCUCGCCACUUUUGCAGAUGGGACCAAAGCGUGUGUGCGUUACGGGAUAAACGCGGAUCAGGUGCAAGGAGAAACUUUGACUUAUUACCUUGCCAGUUUGUUAGGCAUUACAAACCUGCCUCCUCUUAUACUGUCCCAGUUGAGCGGUGAUAGUGAACAAUGGGCGGCUGUGAAGACGCGGAUAGAUGGUUUACAGUGGAGUGAUCGGGCCGUGGUUUCUCUCACCGAGUGGGUCUCCAACCUGACGGGGGUGAUUACACCUGCGCCGCUCAGACAGGAGAGCAGUGGGCUACAUCCCGUACUCGAGGAGCUCUGGAACAAGACGACAGCGGAGCUGCUGGAGCUGAUGCAGUGGACCGACCUGAUCAUAUUCGACUACCUGACCGCAAACUUCGACAGACUCGUCAGCAAUCUGUUCAGCCUGCAGUGGGAUUCGCGCGUAAUGGAGAGAGACACCAACAACCUCCUCAGAACACCCCGCGGUGACCUUGUGUUCAUAGACAACGAGGCCGGACUAGUGCACGGGUUUAGGGUGUUGAACAUGUGGGAGAAAUAUCACAGUACAGUAUUAAGCUCCGUGUGCUUAUUCAGAAAAAGGACCACGCAGCGCGUGGCGGAGCUGCACAGGCGCAGAGACUCCAGGAAAAGGCUGUUGGAGCUCUACAGGGACAGCGAGCCUUUGUCCCUGGAAUUGGGUUUUCUCUCAGACGAGCAUGCUGGUGUCCUCCAGGACAGGAUAGACAGAUUAUACAAACACAUUUUGCAUUGCAAAGGAAAGUACAGCCAGCUGUGAACAUUCACAGGUGACGGAUUUGCUGCCUGCACGGUAUAAGGAGCUCUGCAAACGCGACUGGCACACCUGUGCUGAACUGAUGCGCGCUACACAAAACUGUCUUGAAUCUCCAGCUGAACUACCUCUUGUGAAUAGAAUGUGUUGCCUACUUUAUAAAUAAAUGAUUUGACACGUGUUUGUAAGCUCCUUGAUUAGAUUUUCACUGUAUGCCUCAGAGAGAGGAAUGACAAAGGCCAUCUUAUCCUGUCUUACUUCACCCCACUGAUCAAUAGUAAAGCGUAGGCAAUAUUUGUGUCUAGGGUUAUCAUAAAUGCAGCCCAUUCAUAGUGUGUUUGGAUUCUUGCCUUGUGUCUUGCCUAAGCCUUAACCUUAAGUUGAUCUUGAAUACUGUAUUUCUGUUGACAUCUGGUUCUCUUUUUUUUAUAGGAAAUCGUUUGCACAGUACAAUUGUCACAGCAGCACCUGCACUCUUGUUAUUGUGUUUGGAUUGCAUAUUCAGCCUUAAAAUCACAGGUGUAUCACAUCCAUUGUACAUGUUGUAAGUAUGUUGUAUAUAUUGUCUGUCAACAUGUUUUGGGGGGAAUUUGAUGCUCCACUAAUUUAACGUGCAUUGUAACAUUCCAAACUGUCCUUUUUGAUAAAUACACUGUAAUUUAAUUGAACUGUUGUCAGAGUAUGUGUUUUGUAUGCAGUUUGUGCUGAACUGGCUUAUUAGACUGCAUCAAAUAUUUACUUAGUCUGCGUGGAGUACUGGGAUUUUUCAAGCCCCUGUGCUUGCCCAUUACAGUGCUCUCAUUGUGCUGUAGUAAUAUCUUAUACUGGUACACUGUUCCCUAGAAGCCAUUCUGUCAGCCAUAGGCACGCUGCAACAGGAAUCUCUAAUCCCCUUCAUAAUCUCACCCAGAAUGAUUAACUGAAAGAGACAACUGACAUGAUUUGACAUCCUUUCAAAAAGGGCUUUACUGUUCCC